UUUUCAUGUCAAGGCUUGUCUUCAAGUCAAUAUAAAAUCUAACCUCUACUAGCCUUCCAUUUUACAACAACAGCGUGUUAAACAAAACUUUGAUCAUCUCCAAUUAAAAAUAAUAAAUAAACAAAUAGAUCAAAUAACAAUUAACAAAAAUGGGUAAAAAUAAAAAAACCAGGAAAAUUGUCACUCAAAGAUUUGCUCAAAUGAAAAAAAUGAUAAGUCCAACAGAUGCAAGAAUUAAAAAUGCAGUUCAAAAAAAGAAAAAACCAGAUGAAUCUGAAUUAAUAACAAAACGAGUAGCACAACAAUCAUCAGCAUUAUUUUUUCAAUAUAAUACACAAUUAGGACCACCAUAUCACGUUUUAAUUGAUACAAAUUUCAUAAAUUUUUCAAUAAAAAAUAAAUUGGACAUUGUUGAAAAUAUGAUGGAGUGUCUAUUUGCAAAGUGUAUACCAUACAUAACUGAUUGUGUACUUGGUGAAUUAGAGAAGCUAGGACAGAAAUAUAAAAUUGCAUUGAAAAUAAUAAAAGAUCCAAGAUUUGAACGUCUUCAUUGUCUGCACAAAGGUACUUAUGCUGAUGAUUGUCUUGUUGAUCGUGUUACACAACACAAGUGUUACAUUGUUGCAACAAAUGACAAAGAUUUAAAGAGAAGAAUUAGAAAAAUUCCAGGUGUACCAAUAAUGUUUGUAGCUCAGCAUCGUUAUUCAAUUGAAAGAAUGCCUGAUGCAUAUGGUGCACCAAAGGAUUAACUCA